AUGGCGGGACGUGCCGAGACGCGAACCCCUGAACCGCUUGACCGCGACGAACGCGAAAAUUCACCGCCACGAGUAUUGAGACCAAGACGCACCACCAGACCGCCUAACAACUAUGGCCAAGAGCAAGCAGUCGACAUCCAACAGAUAAAUGCGCACUCUCAGCAGAAGGAGAAGAAGACCCAGGGCAAUCCAGUAGCCCAACGGGAAGCGGUAACGUCGGACUCCUCGACAGAGAGCGAGGACCCAAACGCCUCUGAACUUGUACGAGAGCUUGUCAAACUCAGGAAAGAGAUCAAAUUGCGAGAUGAACUGCACAAGGAAGAGCUGCGGAAGGCCAAGGAAGAAUUCAGCGCCGCCCUCGCAGAAGUUCGACAUGAGCUGCAGAUCCUGACAGAUAGAUCCUCGACGCCGCAAUCCGAGGCAUGCUCUCAGACCGGCCUCGAUGAAAUCCUACGCGAAAUUCAAACCCUGCGUGACGCAAUCAGUCCUUCUGUUCCCACAAGCUGCCCGUCCUAUGCAGAUGUCGCCCGUACUCCUCCACUCAGUCACCCGAGCAACAUACGGACUCUGUCAACGUCGAACACCACACCGACCACCUUCACUGACACGUUGUAUUGCACCAUAGACACCUCAAAAAUGGCAGAAAAUGAACAACGGAAGAUGUCCGCAGGCCCAAUUCGGGCGGCAGUCGAGACAGAGAUCCGGACGAUGGAAAACCACACUCACUGGCGCUGUCGCGCUGUCACGGUCGAUCCGAAGAACACAAACCGGAUCAGAAUAGCGUGCCGCGAUGAAGCUGAACACCAACUAGUCAAAAGGGUGGCGGAAACAAAGAUCGGCGAGGGAGCCCGGGUGCUUCGAGACGAGCUCUACCCAAUCAAAGUCGACAGUGUCAACAAGGCUGCGGUACUGGAUGAAAACGAUGAGAUCCGGGUCAGGGCCGCAGCAGCCUUCAGCGAGGAGAACGAAACUACCGUAGCCAAGAUCGCUUGGCUCAGUAGAAGAGAUAGUGCAAAGGCCUAUGGGUCGAUGGUCAUUUACCUCAAAGGUGCUGAUGCACGAAGGCUCUUAGCCGACGGUUUCUUCCACGCCGGGGGAGAAUCUGGGGUGACUAGCGCCUUCGAAUACCGACCACGCCCUAUGCAAUGCUACCACUGCCAGGAGCUGGGCCACAAGGCAUUCCAGUGCAAGAACGUUCAAAGUUUACGUCCAGGGGGAGAUACCUCGGCGUUGGACGGCGCGUGCGAUCACCUGAGGAAGGCAGUUGCAAAGGUGCGGCGAGACACGGGCGCUGUGGUGGAGGUCAUGGUUGUGGGUGACUUUAACCGCCAUGAUCAACUCUGGGGAGGAGACGAGGUGUCCCUGGGAAGACAGGGCGAAGCGGAUCCAAUCAUUGACCUCAUGAACGAGUUUGCUCUUAGCAGCUUACUCAAACGAGGUACAAAGACAUGGCACGGUGGUGGACAGAGCGGGGACUGCGAGUCGACCAUCGACCUCGUUCUGGCCUCUGAUAAUUUGACAGACUCAAUGAUCAAGUGUGCGAUACAUGGGACAGAGCACGGCUCAGAUCACCGUGCCAUUGAGACUGUGUUCGAUGCACCGUGGUCAGCCCCGAAGCAUCAGGAACGACUUCUGCUGAAGAACGCACCAUGGAAAGAGAUCAAUGCUAGAAUCGCGAGUGCUCUGACCAACACUCCGUCGGGAGGCACGGUGCAGCAGAAGACUGACCGACUCAUGACGGCGGUCAGCGAGGCGGUGCAUGCUUUGACUCCAAAGGCAAAACCGUCACCACACGCGAAACGAUGGUGGACAGCCGACUUAACACAGUUGCGCCAUAUAUACACAUACUGGCGAAAUCAUGCUCGCUCGGAGCGCCGGGCGGGACGAAAAGUACCGCACCUGGAAAACACAGCCCAAAGUGCGGCGAAACAAUACCACGAUGCCAUCCGCAAACAAAAGAAGAAGCACUGGGAUGAGUUUCUCGCAGACAACGAUAACAUCUGGAAAGCCGCUAAAUACCUGAAGUCGGGAGAGGACGCAGCAUUCGGGAAGCUACCGCAGCUCGUCAGAGCAGACGGGACUACCACCACGGAUCAUCAAGAGCAAGCAGAAGAGCUGCUGUCCAAAUUCUUUCCCCCUCUGCCUGACGUUAUUGACGACGAGGGGACCAGACCACAAAGAGAGCCGGUGGCAAUGCCUGCUAUCAGCCUGGAGGAGGUAGAACGACAGCUUUUUACAGCGAAAUCAUGGAAGGCGCCGGGGGAAGACGGUCUACCGGCGAUAGUCUGGAAGAUGACGUGGCCCACGGUCAAACACAGGGUUCUCAACUUAUUCCAGGCGUCACUGGAAGAAGGCAUGUUACCGAGACAGUGGAGACAUGCGAAGAUCAUACCGCUCAAAAAGCCGAACAAGGAAAACUACACCAUUGCGAAGGCAUGGAGGCCAAUUUCGCUCCUCGCGACGCUGGGCAAGAUGCUAGAAUCCGUGGUUGCAGAAAGGAUCUCGCACGCGGUAGAGACUCACGGCUUGCUCCCGACCAGCCAUUUCGGAGCCCGAAAGCAACGGUCCGCGGAGCAGGCGCUUGUGCUCUUGCAAGAGCAGAUCUACACAGCGUGGCGUGGCCGACGGGUGUUGAGUUUGAUCAGCUUCGAUGUCAAAGGCGCUUACAACGGGGUGUGCAAAGAACGACUGCUCCAGAGAAUGAAAGCGCGAGGCAUACCAGGUGACCUGCUCCGGUGGGUCGAAGCGUUCUGCUCGGAACGAACGGCGACCAUCCAAAUCAAUGGGCAAGUGUCGGAGGUCCAGAGCCUUCCACAGGCUGGCCUACCCCAGGGCUCGCCCCUGUCCCCGAUCCUAUUCCUCUUCUUCAAUGCAGACCUCGUACAAAGACAGAUCGACAGCCAGGGCGGAGCGAUGGCGUUCGUGGAUGAUUUUACCGCAUGGGUGACCGGGCCAACCGCCCAGAGCAACCGGGAAGGCAUUGAAGCAAUUAUCAACGAAGCGCUCGACUGGGAGAAAAGGAGCGGAGCGACUUUUGAAGCAGACAAAACAGCUAUCAUACACUUUGCCCCCAAGGCUUACAAAUUGGACCAGGGACCUUUCACUAUCAAGGGCCAAACCGUUGAGCCCAAGGACCAUGUCAAGAUCUUGGGCGUCCUCAUGGACACGAAACUCAAGUACAAGGAACAUAUUGCGAGGGCAGCAUCCAAGGGCCUGGAGGCCGCGAUGGAGCUUCGACGACUUCGGGGAUUAUCCCCAGCGACAGCGCGGCAGCUAUUCACAUCGACGGUGGCGCCUGUCGUGGACUACGCAUCCAAUGUCUGGAUGCACGCGUGCAAGGAUAAGGCCAUGGGGCCGAUCAACCGCAUCCAAAGGGUAGGAGCGCAGGCGAUUGUAGGAACAUUCCUCACAGUUGCGACCAGGGUAGCAGAGGCGGAGGCCCACCUUGCCACUGUUCAACACCGUUUCUGGAGACGAGCCGUGAAGAUGAAUACGGCACGGAUCAAGAAAUUCAGAAGAUACCAUCGUUCGCCGCUGUAUCAAGUAGCAGACGCGCUGAAGAACAUUGAGAUGGAAACACUGGAAACCAUCAAUCCGUUCACAUUGGCACCAUGGGAAGUACGCGUACAGGCUGGUGUUGAAGUAACUCCGCAGCCACCGACCGUACCAGGCGGGUUAAUGCAGAUCGCAACCAGCAGUUCGGCACGGAACGAGCUGGUCGGAUUUGGGUUGGCGAUCGAGAGGCAGCCACCUCGGUAUCGAAAACUGAAACUGCAGACCCUUUCCGUCACAUUGGGUGCAAGAGCAGAGCAGAAUCCGUUCUCUGCGGAACUAGCAGCGAUGGCACAUGCAUUGAACAUGGUAGUUGGACUGAAAGAUUACAGGAUUACGCUGCUCACGAGCAACAAAGCGGCGGCUCUGACACUAAGGAAUCCUCGACAACAGUCAGGCCAGGAAUUCGUCAGCCAACUGUACAAGUCGAUGAGAAAGCUACGGAGAAAUGGAAACCAGAUCAAUAUCCGGUGGAUCUCAACGAGCGAAGACAAUAAACUACGGGGUCUGGCUAAAGAACAGGCCAGAGCCGCGACACAAGAAGAUGCUCUCCCGCAAGAACGCGUCCCGAGAAUGAAGUCAACAACACUGAAUAUCGCACGAUCCCAAGCAGUCCCUAGCAAUGACCUGCCAGUGAACGUAGGGAGACACGCAAAACGAGUUGAUGCAGCACUCCCAGGCAAACACACCCGGCAGCUGUAUGACCGAUUAUCGUGGAAAGAAGCGAGCGUGCUGGCUCAACUCCGAACCGGCAUGGCAAGACUCAAUGGAUAUCUCUAUCGAAUUAAAGUAGCAGACACGGACCAGUGUGCGUGUGGACAAGCGAGAGAGACCGUGGAGCACUUCCUAUUUCGAUGUCAAAAAUGGACGGCGCACCGAACGGAACUACUACAAUGUACCAACACCCACCGAGGAAACAUAUCCUUCUUCCUAGGAGGGAAGUCGACUUCCGAUGAUCAGAAGUGGACGCCGAACUUAGAGGCGGUACGGACCUCAAUACGAUUCGCCAUCGCCACGGGCCGACUCGAGGCCACCUAA